GCAGGCCCUGUGGCAGCAUUCCCUGGGUUACCGUGAGAGACAGGAUGGAGACGGUGGCGGCCACAGCAGGGAAGAGCAACGAACAGGUGUCGAGAGAAUUUCUCAACAAGAAGUGUUUGGAUAUCACCUUCAAUCUUGAUGGAACAGGUUACACCGCACUGGAAAACAUCGGCACCGGGGCCUAUGGCGUCGUCUGCUCGGCUGUUAACGAUAGGACGAAGGAUAAAGUCGCAAUCAAGAAGAUCACAAACAUCUUCGAUGACAUGCGUGUUGCCAAACGAACAUACAGGGAGAUCAAGAUCCUGAAGCAUUUCAAACACGACAACGUGAUAGGCAUCAGGGACAUGUUGUACCCGACGGACACGGGCCGCUUCAACGAAGUCUUCGUUGUCCUUGACCUCAUGGAGAGUGACCUUCACCAGAUAAUCCGAUCGAAGCAGUCGCUCACGGAUGAACAUGUACGGUAUUUUUUGUACCAGAUUCUCAGGGGAUUAAAGUAUGUCCAUUCAGCCAAUGUGAUACAUCGGGAUUUAAAGCCAAGCAAUCUACUUGUCAAUGAGAACUGCGACUUAAAGAUUGGUGACUUUGGCAUGGCCAGGGGACUGUCGCCAGAGCCACCUAGCGUGCAGAAAUUAUUCAUGACUCAGUACGUCGCCACCAGGUGGUAUCGCGCGCCCGAGCUCAUGCUCGCCUUCACCGAAUACACAACGGCCGUCGACGUCUGGUCCGUAGGAUGCAUCUUCGCCGAAAUGCUCGGUCGCAAACCUGUCUUUCCCGGUAAGGACAGCAUCUCUCAACUGAAGUUGCUGCUGUACUACUGCGGCACUCCGAGUAAGGCGUUUGUGCACUCCAUCCCGUCCGACAUGGUCCGUCGCUUUCUCACAGGAUUCGGGAGAGAGCCCGUGCGAUGGAAGGACACGUUCCCGAACGCGUCGAAGAAGGCUCUCGACCUCCUCUCGAGGAUGCUGCAGUUUGAGCCAAAGAACCGCUGCACGGUGGACGAGGCGCUGCGUCACCCUCACCUCUCCGCCUACCACGACGCCGACGACGAACCAACCGCGCGCGCGUUCGACUUCGACUUUGAGCGUCGCGAGCAGGACGCCGCGCAGCUGCGGGCGGGCAUCCUGGCCGAGAUCGGCGAGUUCGCGCGCCGCAAGGAGAAGAAGGAGAAGCUGAUGGCAUUCUUCGCCGCCAGGGGACGCUGUGACGCGGAGGUCGUCACUACGGGGGCGCCACCGCAGGAGAGAGCGGCGGCGGGAGAGCGACGGGAUCAGGUCGUGCCGAUGGUGUCAUCGCCGGCGGUCAACGUCUCGGACGCGGACGUGGACGUCAGCUGUCACUCCGGAGCAAGGGCCACCACCUCGCUGCCCCCUGGUGGCGUCUCGACCGAGACGAGCGAGGCUCUGACCCCAACGACAACGACAGGGAAUUCUGGGAAGAACGUCGGCGGCGUGAGCGUCGUCACGGUGACGCAACCGGCGGCGGUGGCGGCGGCGGACGAUGUCGAGAUGGCGAGUGCGCGCUCGAGUGAUGGAGCGGUCCCGCCGGGACAGAUCGGGAUAGAUCCGGGACAGAUCGGUAUAGAUCCGGGACAGAUCGGGAUAGAUCCGGGACAGAUCGGGAUAGAUGCUAGCAGCGGGAUAGAUCCGGGAAGCGCGAUGUCGCACGACGGCGAACCCGACCUCGUCAUUCUCGACGAACCGAGCACAGAGGGCGCCACUGCGGCGAGGGACGGCGACGGGGAGCGGUCGUCGCUGGACGCGAAAGCGUUGCUGAAGGCUGCACUGCUUAACAGCGCUCUGUCGAAGAAGAGAAAAGGCUUCACGGAAGGCUGCGCUUCCAGCCGACCGGUGACGGCUCUGCAGCGGCAGAAGGAGCGGGAGGAGAGGAGGCGUCAGAAGAAGGAGCGCAGCAAGGAGAAGAAGAAGAAAGAGCUGAAUAAGCAGAAAGACGGAAGCAAGAAGUUUCUCACGCUCACCGAACAGGACCAGAGCCUGCUCGCCAGGUGGAGCCACAUGCAGCAGACGACGAAGCCGUUCGUUCACCCGAUUCGGCACCACAUGAAGGAGCUCAUCGAGAUCAAGAAGGAGGCCGUCGUCGUCGCCGCCGUCCCCCAGGGGGCGCCGCCGGCGAAGCAGGACGCGGCGACGGCGAAAAUGCGCGCCGCGACGAGUCCUAACGCGGCCGGCGGCGCCCCCUGCGGGACGACUGCCGCCCCGGCGAAUCUCGUGCAGAUUAACGCGGAGGCGGAGGCGGGGGCGGGGGCGGUGGCGGGGGCGGGGGACGCUGCUGGCCCCACGCCGCGGCAUCCGCCAGAGCCCCGCCGAGGGACCUCUCCACCAGGUGGCGCUGCCGCGGGCAGCCCGCGCGGCGGCGGUCAGACGGUGGUGCUUCCCGGCCAGAUGGCGCCGCUGGGCUACGAGCUGACGCGCACGAACCCGCCGCUGCUGCCGGACGCGGGUUACCGGCCCGUGCUGAGCGAGCGUCUCGCGUACGCCGACGCCACGAUCACCGUGCGAUCCCCGAUCACGCACCGCGCCGUCCUCGCCACCGCCGACGCCGCUGACGCCGACGCCGGCGCCCCGCGGUGGCCGCACGAGGACGCGUCGGCGCGCG